AUGGAAAUUGCGAGUGGUAUCAGUUGUAGUGGCAGUAACAACAAGAGCACAGACAACAGCAAGCAAAGGGCCAUAGUCAAUCCCUCUGAGGGAAUUGAUUAUAUAAGCAACCUCCCUGAAGCAAUUUUACUCUGCAUUCUCUCUCUUUUGCCUUUAAAAGAGUGGAUCAAAGUAAGCCUCCUAUCAAAAAGAUGGAAAUAUCUAUGGACACAAAUUUCAAACCUGAAUCUUGAUGAAGUUGAGAUGAUCACAAAUAUUACAAAGAAAGAUAUAAGCUGUCCCCUAUGUGGAAAAUUUCCUAGUCCAGGUAGCUCUUGUCCCUGCCUGGACAAUUCAAUAUGUGCAGCACAAAGGAAAUUUGCAGAUUUUGUGGACCGAAUGCUCCUCUUACACUCAGGGGACACCAUCAACAACUUGAGGCUAUCUUUCCUUUAUGAUCACCAGGAUGGAUAUACCAAAAGGAUUGACACCUGGGUCCGAUAUGCCCUGAGAAGCAACAUCAAGGAGCUAGAACUGAACUUCAGUGAUAGAGAAUAUUUCAAGUUCUUAGGUAAGAAAAGAUUGGCAGUCAGAUGGGCCAACCCCCAUCAACCAUAUGAGUUGCCUCAUGGCUUUUUUAAACCCAAAAUAUUGGAAACCUUUGUCUUAACAUUUUGCAAGUUUAGAGCAUCCAGCUUUAAUGCUUUAAGUUCUCUUCUGAGGUUACACUUGAAACAACUUGAAGUUCUUGAUGGCUCAAUAGAACAAAUAACAUCCAGGUGUCCUGUCCUAGAAGAUCUGAUCCUGGAAUACUGUCUUAUUCCUGAUGGGUCUUUUGUGAGUGAAGUCGACAUAAUGAUCAAAAGACUUUCGAUGAUUCACUGUGCAUCAAAAGAAAUGCUCCGUGUCGAUAUAUCAACUCCAAACUUGUUGAUGCUGACAAUUGUAGGAAAAUACCUGAGAUCAGCAUCAAUUAGGAAAGCAACAAAACUGAUUGAUGCUCAGAUAAGCAUUAGUGCAAUAUCUGCACACAAAGCUGAUGGACAUGCUCUUAACUCACUGUUGAAUGGUCUAAACCAUUGUCAAUCCCUAACUUUAAGCACCCAUUGCAUACGGGUAUCACUUUGA